GUGAGUGGUUAAGUUCAGCAGAUCAGUGAAGUUCCGGUCUUCCACCGCCAUAAAUCUAGUCAAACCACCCCGCCACCGCUCGACGGAGGAGCUGAUGGCGAAUCUCAUCGGCGUCUCGUCUUCCCCGCUAUUCAACCACUCAUCUCUUCUCUUCUCCUCUCGUUCCAAUUCACAAUCUCUUCCCUUACAACUCAAGAGCGGUCGCGAUCGGCAAUUGCUGAUGCUUCGAGUGCACUGCUCGUCGGAGCAAGUUACAGACGCGGAGAAAGAAUCCAAGACGGAGGAGUUGUCGUCUCCUUCUACUAGCAGUGGUUCGAGCAUUUCAGCAUACAGUUGGUGUGCAGCCCUAGGAGGCAUCGGAUUCCUGGAAACUUCGUACUUGACUUACCUCAAACUCACGGAGUCUGAUGCCUUUUGCCCCGUUAGUGGUGGCAGCUGCGGCGAUAUCCUUAACAGCAGCUAUUCAGUUGUUUUUGGAGUUCCGCUUCCAUUGAUUGGUAUGGUUGCGUAUGGAGUAGUUGCAGCACUUGGGCUGCAAUUAGGCAGAAAACAGUUGCCACUUGAAAUUGAAGAGGCUAGCGGGAGAUUUGUUUUACUUGGCACAACUACUUCUAUGGCUGCUGCUAGUGCAUACUUUUUGUACAUCCUAAGUACGAGAUUCCCCGGGGAGUGGUGUUUAUAUUGUUUAAUAUCUGCUGUCUUAUCCUUCAGUUUGUUCUUCACCACUGUAAAGGGUUUGGGAUUAGAGGAGGUGAAAAAAGAACUGGUUUUACAGCUAUCUGUAGUGCUCUUGGUGGUUGCUGCCUUAAACAAUUCAUAUAAUGCUUCUCAGCCCACAAGUUCUGAGGUGACUGAGCUGCCAUACUUUGCCACUGAGAUCACAACACAUUCAACUCCUUAUGCUAUUUCUUUAGCCAAGCAUCUAAGUUCAAUAGGAGCAAAAAUGUAUGGGGCUUUCUGGUGUUCACAUUGUCAAUAUCAGAAACAGAUGUUUGGGCAAGAAGCAGCAGAGUUAUUGAACUAUGUGGAAUGCUUUCCUAAUGGGUUCAAGAAAGACACUAAUAUGGCUUUGGAAUGUGCGCUUGUUAAGAUCGAAGGGUUCCCAAUGUGGGUGAUCAAUGGACAGGUUCUAAAUGGAGAUCAGGAGCUCUCCGAGCUGGCUAAGGUGUCAGGAUUCCAAUAUGAUGAAUCUAGUGUAGCAAACUGACCUUUAUUCAUGGAGAGAAUUCCUAUAGUCAAUGAGGGGAAUUCCCUGUUUUUUUUCACCCAGGUAAAGUAGUUCAUCACUUUGUAUACUUCUUUUAAGCUAUUCUUAAUUAGAGACAGAGAGCGUGGAUUGGAGGAUGGGUAGUGGUGUGUUGUUAAUCUUCAGAGUCAGCUUAUUUGUCAUUUUGUCCCAGUACUAGAUUCUAAUUUUCCCCCAAAAAACAAAAAUAAAUGUAUAUAAAUAUUUGCUAUGAUGCAUUCUCGAAAGAGAAAAUAUACUUUGUAUUUUAAAUACUUUGAUUUAAAUAAGACCUAAUAACCAGUUGUUAUACCA